AUGGUUCAUCUCGAUAUUUCAGAGACCUCGCAGGUGUUGUCCGUUAUUGGCGGAUACAUCUGUAUUGUCGGUCUUGUGAGCUUCUUCCUGAAAGAGAAGAUGUUCAUGUCUGAACCUCUCGUUGCCUUACUCAUCGGCGUCGCCUUUGGGCCUAUCGGUGCAGACAUAUUCAAUCCAUUCCGCUGGGUAGGCUAUGACCAGCACCAGCUCGAGUCUCUUUCUUUCCAGGUUUCCCGCAUCGUCAUUGCCAUCCAGGUCCUGUUCACCGGUAUCUCGCUUCCGAAGGCAUAUUGCUGGAGGCACAGACUCAGUCUGUUCGUCCUGCUUAUCCCUGUCAUGACUUGCGCCUGGUUCGUGUCCGCUCUCCUUGUUUGGGCGUUCAUCCCCAACCUCACGUUCCUCGAGGCGCUCGUCGUUGGCUCGUGCGUUACUCCUACCGACCCUGUUCUUGCCAACUCCAUCUGCAAAGAGAAGUAUGUGCCGUUGGAGGUGCGCAACAUCAUUCUUGCCGAAGCGGGUGCCAACGAUGGUCUCGGCUUCCCAUUCCUCAACCCCGUCAGCUCGCUCGGAGAAGCCAUCGGUCAAUGGUUCUAUAACGUACUCCUGUACCAGAUUCUUCUCUCUGUCCUUAUCGGCGCCGUUAUCGGAUACAUCGCUCGCAGGUGUCUGAAGUACUGCGAGGGAAGGAAUCUGAUCGACCGCGAAUCUUUCCUCGCGUUCGGUGUCGCACUCACCUUCUUCACCGUCGGCUGGGUCGGCAUCAUCGGCUCGGACGACAUUCUCUGCUGCUUCGUCGUCGGAAACUCUCUCACCUGGGACGACUGGUUCCGAAUCCGCAGCGAGGAAGACAGCUUCCAGGAAGUCAUUGACAUGCUACUGAACAGUGCCGUCUUCUUGUACAUCGGAGCUGUCAUUCCCUGGAACGAGUUCGGCAACUACUGGGACAUUACGCCCUGGCGUCUCGUUCUCCUUGGUAUCACUGUCAUGCUCGCGCGCCGCCUUCCCUGGGUUCUUCUUGCGAUGAAGUUCAUUCCCCCCAUUUCGUCUUCUUGGAAGGACGCCCUUUUCACCGGUUACUUUGGCCCCAUCGGUGUCGGCGCCGUCUUCUACAUUGAGGUCGCCCACCACGCCAUCCCCGACGACGGCACCCGCGAGCGUCUCCGCGCCGUUGUCGCUCCGGUCGUUUACUUCAUGGUCCUUACCUCCGUUAUCGUUCACGGCAUCACGAUCCCGAUCGGCAAGUCGAUGCAACACACGCUCACACUCACUCGUUCGAAAUCCGGCGCUCAGUUCAUUUCGCGCCUUCCCCCUCCAGUUCCCUUCGGUGGCGCCCUGCCCACUCAUGACACAAACGCAACCUCUGAGCCUAAGGAAGCCAGUGCUCGCGAUGUCGGCGUCCACGAUGACGCAACCGCUCCGAACAGCGGAACUGGAACCCCCGCCGCUUUCAGCCGUACCAACACGCUGUCCAUGAGCCGCACCAACACCAUGACUCAGGGUGUGCACUGGGGCGAGAACACGGUCGGCCACAGCGUGCAAUCCAGUGGCCGCACCUCGCCCAGCAACAACGACAGCACCUCCCACUCAUCCAACCCCAAUCUAGUCCAGCCCUCGACGCACGCCAUGGUCCAAUGA